AUGUAAAGAAUAACAAAAAAGUAUUAUUUUUCAUUAAUCCAAAAAGUUGAUAAUUAUGAUUGUCUUCACAUAAACCCUUAAAGUUUGGACAAGUAUUUGGUCAACCAAACAUUAUUAAAAUAGAAAUUAGAACAAAUAUUGUAGGAUAGCAUUAACAAAAAUUUGAAUGCCAUCUGGUUAAGAUUAGAUAAACAUCAAUUGAAUUUAUCAUAAUUGAUUUCAGAUUUAGGAUUUUAAAUGCAUCAUUGCACUUAAGAAUACUUAUUAUUUAGUUUAUGGUUGCAAAAGGAACCAUCUAGAUUGCCUAAUUAUGCAUCUCAUAAGAUUAUUUUACAAUAUUAUUUAAUUAAUAGUAAAACCUAGGUUUUUCUAAUUGAUGAUUAAAUGCCUGUCCAAGAUGUAGAUGACUCAUCCUUAAUCCCUAUGAUGGCUUAGAAAUAUUUCAAAUGUAACCACAACUUAAAUGUAUAACCUCUCUAUAUUUGUGAUCUAACCCAGUCAGAAAACUCAAAUAUAAUGAUCACUGUGAAAUGCUCAUUAUUAGAACAAGACGAAAACUAAUAACACUUUGUUAACAAAUCUAUAAAAGGUAUGGAUUAAAAAUUCGAGAUAAACUCCUUUGAUAAAUAUAUUAUUUACAAAAAAUGUCAAUGA